AUGGGGUCAAGGUGGUUGUAGUGACCGAACUCUUUAUUUUAUGUAUUGGGUAUAUGCUAUCAAUCCCAAUUUAAUAUCCCAUUAUAAGACUGUAAAAAAACAAAUACAUUACCCUAAAUUGGAAGCAAUUAAUUAAAUUAGAUGAGCAAAACAAAACAACAAAACAACCCCACUUAUUUAAAAUUAGUUAAAUUAAAUGUGGCAGACAUAAUGAUAGCUUUCAUCUACCUAGAUAUAAUUGCUUCCCGAAAGUGCUGAAGCAAAAAGUCACAGAAGGGUCACAACCAUCAAUAAUGCAGAACAUAACAAGUGUACUCAACUAUAGCAUCCCCUGUUUUCUGAUCAAAUGUAUGAGUCCUGGCCUGAACAUAACCCCUCGCAAACCGGAACAGCCCACUGCCGCCGAUCACCGGCAUCUCCCUCACCUUUGAAAACACCGUGUUCCUCCCCAGCACCGUGAUGGUGCUGCCGUUGUAUUUCCCUUCCGUGAAGGCGAAAUUCAUAGACAUCAACAGCCCAAUUUCUUCUUGCGACGCCAGAGCAUAGAACCCUUGUGCUCUU